AUGAAUGAGGUUAUAGAUUGUCAGACUGUGCGGGACGGUGCCGUCCUUCCAACAGAUAAGAGAUUUUCCUGUCCUGAGUGCGGGAAGUGUUUCCAAUUCAAAUCCCGUCUUAAUGAUCAUAAAAGAUUUCACACAGGAGAGAAGCCGUAUUCCUGCCCUGAGUGCGGGAAAUGUUUUUUAAACAAAACCACUCUUACCACACAUCAGAGAUUUCACACAGGUGAGAAGCCAUAUUCCUGCCUUGAGUGCGGGAAACGUUUUACAGUAAACUCCCAUCUUUCCCAACACCAGAGAUCUCACACAGGCGAGAAGCCGUAUUCCUGCCCUGAGUGUGGGAAGUGUUUUUCAUGCAAGUCCCAUCUUUCCAUACAUCAGAUAUCCCACACAGGGGAGAAACCAUAUUCCUGCCCUGAGUGCGGGAAAUGUUUCUGUUUUAAAAACAGUCUUGCUGUUCAUCUAAAAUCUCACACAGGAGAGAAACCAUAUUCCUGUCUUGAGUGUGGGAAAUGUUUCCGCAGUCAGUCCAGGCUUAAUCUUCAUAAAAGGUCUCACACUGGUGAGAAGCCAUAUUCCUGUCCUGAGUGUGGGAAAUGUUUCAGUUUGAGAAACACUCUUUUUGUACAUAAAAGGUCUCACACAGGUGAGAAGCCGUAUUCUUGUUCUGAGUGUGGGAAAAGUUAUUCACACAAGUCCAAUCUUGUUUUGCAUCAGAGAUCUCACACAGGUGAGAAGCCAUAUUCCUGUACUGAGUGCGGAAAAAGUUAUUCACACAAGUCCAAUCUUACCUUGCAUCAAAGGUCUCACUUAGGUGAGAAGCCGUAUUUUUGUCCAGAGUGUGGGAAAUGUUUUGUACAAAAAUCAGAACUUGUCACACAUCAGAGGUCUCAUGCGGGGCAGAAGCCUUUUUCCUGUACUGAGUGUGGGAAGUGUUUCCAUUUUAAAUCUCAUCUUGAUGUUCAUAAAAGAUCUCACACAGGUGAGAAGCCGUAUCCCUGCCCUGAGUGCGGAAAAUGCUUCAGUUUGAAAACCACUCUUAAGGUACAUAAAAAAACUCACACAGGUCAGAACUUGUACACUUGUCCUGAGUGCGGGAAAAGUUUUACACAAAAGUCCAAUCUUACCCUGCAUCAGAGAUUGCACACGGUGGAGAAGCCGUAUUCCUGUCCUGAGUGCGGGAAAUGUUUUAUAGAGAAGUCACAUCUUCUCACCCAUCAGAGAUCGCACAUAGUGAAGAAGCCGUAUUCCUGUCCUAAAUGUGAGAAAUGUUUUCAAACUAAGUCAGAUCUUGACUCACAUGUGAGAUUACAAACGGAGGUAGAUCCACUGUCCUCUUCUGAUUGGAGGAGGUGUAACCCACAGAAGUCCUCUGUUUACAGUCAUCUGAGAUUGGACACGGAGGAGAAUGAACUUUCCUGGUCUGACUGAGGGAAAUGUUCCUCACUGAAGUCCUGUCUUCCUGUACAUCAGGGGUCCCACACAACCCUCGAGGUGUAUUAGUGAG